AUGGUCAGAGUUAAUAUUUUACUAUUGUUUUAUGCACUAAUUGUUUAUUGUAUAAAGACUGCAUUUUCAAAUGUGUUAGAUCUAAAAAAUAUAAGUAAUUCAGGUUUCUGGGCACUUAAAAUUGUUGAGGGGAAUAUAACUAAGACUAUGAUAUACUCAACAGCAGAUAGACCUAUAACUAAAGUACGUCAAGGAACAAGAGUAAUUUGGGAACCUUAUUCAUAUGAAUCUGUGAAAUGUGUUACUCAUUAUUCAUUUGAAUUGCACAAUAAAAUACUUAUGACUAUAGAAAUUAGUGAUCCUGUCGUAAAUGAUAUGUAUUAUUUCAAAAGACGUCGUACUCAUUAUGUAUAUAUCAGUAAAAAAGAAUUUGAAUAUCAAUUUACCCAAUUAAGUCACCCGCCACCAGUCUUUUUUCAACAAACGAAACCUAAAAAACCUAAAAAAUCCAAAACCGCUACUGGUAAUACUGGAAAAUCUAAGAAGCCUAGGAAACGUAAAGCCGAUACUGAUGAUGAAGAACCUUUAAUAAUUACAACCCAUAUACCAACCAACAAACCUGCUCAACCUCAACCACAACCUCAACCUCAACCUUUAGAGCCUGAGGUUGUUCAAGUGGCGGUGGAAUCAGAAGAUGAUGAAGAGUGCAGUGAGGUACAACAACUUCAACCAUCAAUUGAUAAUAGUAUGUUAUUAUCUGAAGCAGUAUUUAACCAAGAGGUAGAGAAUUUGUUGGAAACUGACUUUGAUGAUAUGGGAUUAUCAAAAACACAGCUUGAUUCAUUAUUCUACAAGACAACCGAUGAAUCCAUUAAACCUGAUAAAGAUGAGAAAGAUUUGGAACUAGAAAAUAUUAUUUUUGAGAUUUCGACCGAUGAUGAAGAACCAACAAAAGAACAAACAUCGCAACUAAUAAGACAAAAACUUAGAGAGAAAAUCCAAAAGAAACAACAGAGACAAGACCUAAUAGAUAAGUUUGAAAAGAAAAAUGAAGAAAAAUCCUAUAAAACUUCUGAGUUAGAUGAUGAAAAUGAAGAAGAAAGUGAGACAUAA